CAUUUCAAUUAAAUUACAGCCCAACUCGCUGUCGCUGGCGGGGAUGUUCCGAGUGCAGAAAGUUUUGCUCGCCGAGUACGAGGAGAUCUACGAGCCGGUGCUGGUGGAGAAUCCCUUCACCCUGGUGGACAUCAGGGGCGUGGGACUGCGCCAGUACCAUAUAGGCCUCACCUGCAACCGCCUGAUCUUCGGCUGCGACAACUUCGCCAAGUACGGCGAUGAGCCGGGCUUCCUGAGCCACGGACUGGAUCCGGAGAUCGAGAGCUUCGAGCUGGUCAGCAUGCUGCCGCUGCAGCUCAUCCGGUUCCACUUCUUCCGCAAGGCAUCGCGCUGCCUCAUGAUGCUGAACAUUGUCCAGCCGCUGGGCAAACCCCUGGCCGUUCUGGAGCAACCGAUGAUCUUCGAGUUCGGCGGCUUUCUCUUCAAGCAGCACUUCUGGCACACGUGGCGCGAGCGCGUGGCCACCAUCCGGGUGAUGCAGCCGCUCUACGGCCAUAUAACCGGCGCCUCGCCCUUCUCCAGCACCGACGUCCAGCUGGACGAGGAGACCAUAGCUGUCCAGGUGCAUCCUGCGCCCAGAUCCCCCUCCGUCUACAGUGCCUGCCAUGCGGGAGCAGGCGAUUUUGGUUAGCCAUUCUCGAGCGGAUUUUGAGCCACUUUCCAUUUUCUAUUAACAGAUUGCGUCUCUAGGUUUGAUUUGCCUGCUAGGCAUUUCCAUUCAGUCAGCCGCCUGUUUAUUUAUUUAUAUUAAAAGCAGUACGCUCUUCCCACCUUAAGAACAGCUAUUUUUGGUUAGUUAGAAAUAGCUUUCGAUGCCCGGAGCGA